AUGGGACACCCCGUAGAAGAACCGCCUCGCAAGGCGACCCGCGAGGAGAUGCGUGAUGCCAUGCUCCCAUUGGCAUACCGAGACAACUGCGCGAACCUCUUGAUUCCCCUCAACCGAUGCCGAAAGGACACGUACUACCUGCCAUGGAAGUGCGAGAACGAGAGGCACAGCUACGAGAAGUGCCAGUACGACGAGUUCAAGCUUCGGGUGAAGAAGAUGGACGAGCUCCGCGAGGCCAAGGGCGGUGCCAGGAGUAACUAA